AUGUUUUCUUCUUCAUAUUAUUUGGUGUUCGUUGGAAUAGCUGGCGUAAUAUUAUUUAUAUCUAUUGCGAGGUAUUGUGUACGUCAGCAGUAUGCUCAACGACAAAUCAUGCCAUAUCCUAUGCAAGUUCUUGUUUUAUCUAAUCGUCAACAGCAUCAACAAUUACAGCAACCGCAAAUGUGUUGGUCAGUACCUAUCGAAGAAUCACCACCUCCUCCUUACAAUACAGUUGUUAAUCCAAUGGAUCCCAAUCGCAACAUCGUAUAUCUUAACAAUAAUUCGUAA